UCCCAAUCUUUUGCCACACACAGCACAUCCCAGAGCACAUCCCGCAUAAAAGACAAAGACAAGGUGCAACGAAAGGACCAGAGACACUAGAGUCGUGAGGUGCGCGUACGAAGACUUUCGAAACAGGCCAAGUAUGUUUGAAUCAUGGACGGACGAAAACCGUGGUUCCAAACUGCAAGAGAUCCCGCGUUUGGAGGCCGCGGCUGAUGCAUGGACGGUUUACGAGGCCGGCACGGACGGUGACGGCACUGUUGCAGCGAUGGCGGCUGUUAAACCGCUCAAACUUGGGCGAGGCAUUGAGGCUGGCACGGGUCUGAAAGAGGAAUGUAAUCGGACAACCGACGAGUCAUACGACGGGUUCACGUUCCAUGCUAUGGCUAAUGCGGCCCGUGUGGGUGCACAGCGGCUGGCCAUUGUUCUUGCCUAUCUCCGGAGGGGACAUGCUUAUGUAGCGACGAUGGAGACAUGGGCCGCAUCCCAUCAGCGAAGUCCUCGACUCGCCGGGGUCCUUGCUGGAGAAAAACACAAGCGUGUAUCUGUAUCAGGACAUCACCGCAGGGCUCCAUAUAGGAGGAGAAGUUGUGGGGGAAAUAAGAAGAGACGAGCGGACGACAGCCCUCGGCAAGGCCCAGCUGUACGCCAAACGGACCUGGAUCUUCGUCUUCCGCGCGCCAUGGAAGACGAGGACGAGUUUGGUUACUACUGUGUGACUGUGGAUCUACGUGUCGAGAAAGACGCAGAUCUUAAGACCGGACAUGGGGGAGCGAUCCGAGUGCGUGUGGGGCUCUUCGGCUUCUUAACGCAAAUCAGCGGCCCGCAAAACCCGUAUGAGAAACUUCUUGGUCACUACCUGAAUUGGAGGCUAGAGGACGACGGCGACUACCUAAAAGAGGAGGAAGAGGAAGAUGAAGAGGAGGAGAAGGACGAAGAUCCCAUUCCGACAACGCCGACGACAAGCGUUCGGAGCACUAGGAGAAUUAUUGGCACAAUUGUGGAAACCGAACUGGGGCUGAGAGGAAUGAGUGUCUGGAAGGAAGCACGGAUCCCGGGUGCGUGCGUAGAACUUCUGUGGGCGUUCCGGUUUCAUGGUUGGGGUUCCAUUCGCAUCAAAGGAUGUCUUGGCUUUUCCUUUGAGCGCCGAGAUCUCGCCGAUGCGGGCGUGCUAUUCUCCUCUUUGCGCAGGCGAUCAAUUUCAACCUCGCGGAAGAAGAGUGGUGUCGCUAGGACCACGGGAACCAACUUUGGGAGUAAAGCCCGCGAUACCCCUGGCAAGGUUUCUAUGCAGCCAAAGUGCUGCGGUCAAGAUUCAUCUACGGCCGUGCCCUUUGGCAUGAGGCACUUACAGACGACAAGGAACGAUCCAUCGUUCGAUGAUUUGAUUGGUCAAGAUGCUCCAACCGAUCUGCGGGAAGGGACGCACGAUCUCGUGGAAACGACCGAUCUCCGGGAGAUGGGUAUCUGCGCCACUCGCGUCGUCUUCGUGGUGCCGGAGAUGUCGUCUUGCUGCCGUCGCUGUCUUUCUAAGGCGAAAAGAGUGAUGUUCCUCGAAGAAUCAGGGUCGAAAGUCGAAAAGGGCGGCAACGGGCCUAAGGUGAAGCCCGCGACCGCAAUGCGAUGUUCCGAUGUACGGCCGAAGUCGUCACGAUUUGAUGAUGGGCUCCUUGUCGACGACAGUAUCUCCCCGGACAACCUGAAGGCCGUGAUGUUAGCACCUCCUUCUCGAAGAGAUCUGGAAUCCUCAAAUCUUCGACAUGGGCGCCAACUGAGGUUCCGAUUGGACUUCAUGGUUGGUGGGAGUCCGCCAGACCUUACUCCUACUAGUACCACCCAGCGCUACGCUUUUGAUUCUCCGGCGAAGCUGAAGGUUGACGAUAUUACAAUGAUUGUUAUGGGCGAUGAAAGGAAGGAAGCUGUGCCUCGGACGGUCCUCUUUACGUACGCAGGGGAUACUGUUAAAACACCUGUAAUAAGACGACCAUAA